UCCGUACACGCCGCGCGCGCACCGCGACCCGCUGCAACCCACCGCGACCCAGCACCGCGACCCGCCACGACCCAGCACCGCAUCGCCUCCCUCCAGCACACUCGCUCACACCCGCCCGCCACGGCGUAUGUCCGCCUGCCAGAACCUGCACAGCUUCGACCCCUUUGCUGAUGCACUUAAGGGUGAUGAUCUCCUCCCAUCUGGGACUGAAGACUAUAUUCACAUAAGGAUCCAACAGAGGAACGGUCGGAAAACCCUCACCACCGUCCAAGGCAUUGCUGAUGAGUAUGACAAGAAGAAGCUCGUCAGGCACUUCAAAAAGCAAUUUGCCUGCAAUGGCACUGUGAUCGAACAUCCAGAGUACGGGGAGGUGAUCCAGCUGCAAGGAGACCAGCGCAAGAACAUCUGCAAGUUCCUGGUGGAGGUUGGCAUUGUGAAGGAAGAGCAACUCAAAGUCCAUGGAUUCUAAUUGACCCCAUCCCCUGCUGCCUGCACCCCCUACCUGACAAUGCUCGGCUCUGACUUGUGGACUGUGUUUGAUGAGAGGAGGCCUGUAUGGUGGCAACGGAGCUGCAGAAUGGGCAGUUCAGCCUCCGCAGCCUCCGGAGCAAGCCCUCUACAUUUGCCUUUGUCCCAGUUAACCUUUAACAUGUUUUGUACUGUUUGUACUCCCUUUUAAAAGCACAUGUUAGAACUCUUCUUGUACUUCCUUUUUGUAUAAUGUAUAAUAAAACCCUCUUGAGAA